AUGGAGGACUGUCCUGAAGGCGUGGACGAGGACAGCUUCAAUCGGAUGCGCGAGCUUCGCUCGGAGAAGCUCCGUGCCGAAGCCGAGGUGACCAAAGGCGCCACGGUUCUGGCUGAGAUGGGUGGGUUCUUGGCUCAUUUGGAGCGGGAGUCUGCAGAGGCCAAGAGUGAUCGAGAUCGCUUGGAGCGCGAGCUACGAGAGCACAAGGAGUUGAUGACCCGAGAGCUGUAUGACAUUGAGAUACUCUUCAAGCUCAAGCAGGGCCAGGUUGAAGUGCCACAAGCAGCAGUGGUGACCGACUACUCUGAUGCGAUUGUCAUCGAUCAGGAGGUGGUGGAAUCCCGAAACAGCAGGAUAACGGAUCUUGGAAAGGACAAGGUUCACAUCCUGACCAAGAUUAAGGAGUUUAGAAAGUCCUUAAGCUUGCUGGACUGGGAGCACGAAAUGCUGGCCUUGCAAACCACCGACCUGGAGGAGCGGACCAAGGAUGUACAUAUGCUGCGCGUAACCAAGGACCUGCAAUCUUUGCUCAAAGGUGGCGAGGAAGGCAGAAAUAAGGCCGAGUCUGACUUGCUCGAGAGAAAAAUCGAGCAUGUGAGUGAGGCGACUGAAAAGAAGGAGCAGGCGCUGAAAAAACAGCACGCCAUGCUGGCUCAUGCGGCGAAGCUCCGAAAGAAUGAGAAUGGCAUGUUGGAGAAGAAGCUGCGAGAGCUGCAGCAGAACGUGAUCCAGCGUGAGCACAUCCGGCGCUUGCGGGGCCCGGCCGGAGGCGGCGGUGGAGCUCCGCAGAAGACCGGUGGAGGCGGCCGUGUGGAGGCAGGUUCCGGAUAA